UUCAUAAUCUGUGAUAUUUGUUAAAUUUUUCAAAUCAAAUGUUACCAUUCCCUUUGCUGUGUUCAUCAGUAUAUGUGAAUAUGUGAUAUCUGGCAAAGUGGUGUGCUAAAGGAAUUAUGUUGGAGAUGAGGAUGAUAUAUUAUACCAAUGUAGUAUUUCCCUGACAAAGUAUACAGAAGUUUUAAGGUGAUAUAAAUACCUUCAGAAAAAAUCUUAAAACACACAAAAUGGGAAAGAAGAAAGGCAAAAAGGGAAAGGGAGGAGGAAAGAAGGGAGGAAAGAAGAAGGAACCCCAAAUGACAGCAAAGGAGGCAAUUUUAGCAUACCAAAUUGGAAUCGUAGAGAAAAAAUUGGAGGAUGUCAUGUUUGAGUCAAGAGGAUGGGAAGAUAAAAAUCACCGCCAUGAAGAAAGGAAUGAGAAGCUCCUUUCUGAGCAAGAACUUCUGAUCAAACAUUUGCUGAAGCAGGCCAAAGAGGUAGAAAAAUAUUUUGAAAAUGAAGAAGUAAAAACCCGUGAUGAUGUCAUAAUGACAAUGAAAGACAAAUGGGGACGACAACGCCAAAAGGAAAACGAACUGACAGAGCUGAAGAAGCGAAUUGCUGAGACGGAAGGGAAGAUAAGCCGAGAGGAGAAGGAGGUGGAGUUAUGGCUGGCAUUCCGUGAUAAAGGUGACAUGGAGCAGAAGAAACAGAUCCAACUUCUAAAGGAUGAACUAGUUGACAUGGAGAUCAGCUUUGGUGAUAUGAAAAAUCAUUUGGAACGUUCACAAGAAAAAGCAACAGCAGAAAUCAACCAGCAUACCGAGGAAACGGUGGACAAACAGAAAUAUUUAGCUUCAGAGAAAGCCAUAGGUCAGCUAGACAAGUACAGUCGGCAAGAGGUUCUUGACAAUGAUUGGCUCCGACGAGAGGUCGAGAUCCACAAGGCAGAGUCUGCAGAGCUUAGAAAGGAAGUGGAGGACUUAGAGAAGGCCAACCUCCUGGUGAUGGCCGACUUAUUUGAGUGCAAAAUAGAGGAUCUGAAGGUGUCAAGAAACUUCUUCCUGACUCAGUUUGAGGAAGGUGGGGAGAACCUGGACAAUACUGGUAUUCUGGAGAUGGAUCUGGCACAAAUUUCUAUAAAUGACACAAGUACAGACACUUCAAUCCUUGCCAUCAAGGAGGCCGAGGAGACAAUCUCAGCUCGAGCUGGCAGUGCCACACAGAGGGCAGUGGAAAAGAAAGUCUUUUCAAUGGCUGCCCCACCCUUCAUAGAACAUGAUGGGGACAGUUCCUCAGAGGAUGAUGAGAGUGUUGACACAGAGCUCCUAGAUAACAUGUAUUUUGAAGAAGAAGACUUUUCAGACUACCUAAAGCUUGGUCCCCUGGAGAUGAAGUUACUGAAUGUAUCAGGAGUACAGAUGCCUAUCCAUGUCCCCCAGGUACUUAGUGCUGAAGAGGCUGCAGCCAAGGAUUGUAAACCUGAUAGUUGGCCUGUAACUCAUCCCAUGCUGAGAGGUGUGGCCAGACCAUAACUACAUUGUAAAUCUACAGACAGUUGACCCAUCACUCAUCUCAUGCUGAGAGGCGUGGCUACGUCAUACCAACAUCACCAACUCUACAGACAGUUGGCCCAUCACUCAUCUCAUCCUGAGAGGCGUGGCUACGUCAUGCCUACAUCGCCAACCCUAUCGACAGUCGGCCCAUCACUGAUCCUGUCCUUAGAGGCAUGGUCAGGUCAUGCCUACAUUACCAACCCAAGAAACACUUGGCCUGUCAGCCAUCCCUUGCUGGGAGGCAUGGCCAGACCAUAGCUACAUCCCUACAAAACACACAUAUAACGGAUUUGUCAGUUUAUUUAUAGUGCUGAAGUCAUUUGUCCAAUUUGUCCUUGCAUUUGUCAGAUGUUUGUCAUGGAAGUAUUAAUUUGGAUCUAUACAGAUACACAGCAGGUUCUUAGAUUUGAUCAGUUAGUAAGUCAGGGUCCCACAUUUGAUCAGUUAGUAAGUCAGGGUCCCACAUUAGAUCAGUUAGUAAGUCAGGGUCCCACAUUUGAUCAGUUAGUAAGUCAGGGUCCCACAUUUGAUCAGUUAGUAAGUUGGGAUCCCACAUUUGAUCAGUUAGUAAGUCAGGGUCCCACAUUUGAUCAGUUAGUAAGUCAGGGUCCCACAUUUGAUCAGUUAGUAAGUCAGGGUCCCACAUUUGAUCACUUAGUAAGUCAGGAUCCCACAUUUGAUCAGUUAGUAAGUCAGGGUCCCACAUUUGAUCAGUUAGUAAGUCAGGGUCCCACAUUUGAUCAGUUAGUAAGUCAGGGUCCCACAUUUGAUCAGUUAGUAAGUCAGGGUCCCACAUUUGAUCAGUUAGUAAGUCAGGGUCCCACAUUUGAUUGUUUUUUUAAGUCAAAUUUGCAGAUUCAACUGUUGAGUAAGUCAAGAUUCCAAAAUUUUUUGUUAAGUAAUCCAGUGAGAGGAAUCUUUCUUUUCAAUUGUAUCCAGUUGGAAAUUCUGAAAUUGAUGUCUUUUAAUCUGGUGUAAAUUUUAUAUCAGUGUGACAAAUUUUGUGGUAAAUAAGUUUUCAUUCUGUUUCUGGAUGAACGAUCAUAUUGCUGUACUAUCAUAAUGCCAUACUUUCCUGUGAAAGAUAUCAGAGUUGUGGAUGAAAAUUAGCCAAACCUUACUUGGUAUUGGUAUAGUGUUAAUCAUUGGAGAAAAGUGCUACCAUCAGAACAGAUAAAUAAAUUAUUUAUUAUUGACUAUGUCAGUUGUAAGGUGGUGUUUUGUUUAGAUUUUACAUCUGACUGUCCUUUAGUUCUAUAUCUGUAUCUCCAAUAUUCUGUCCUACCAUUGUCCUACAGUUCUAAAUCUUGAUGUCCAAUGUUCUGUCCUACCAUUGUCCUACAGUUCUAAAUCUUGAUGUCAAUCAAUUUAUCCUACCAUUGUCCUACAGUUCUAAAUCUUGAUGUCAAUCAAUUUGUCCUACAGUUUUAUAUCUUGAUGUCCAAUGUUCUGUCCUACCAUUGUCCUACAGUUCUAAAUCUUGAUGUCCAAUAUUCUGUCCUACCAUUGUCCUACAGUUCUAAAUCUUGAUGUCCAAUGUUCUGUCCUACCAUUGUCCUACAGUUCUAAAUCUUGAAAUCCAAUAUUUGUCCUACCAUUGUCCUACAGUUUUAUAUCUUGAUGUCAAUCAAUUUGUCCUACCAUUGUCCUAUAUUUCAUUUACCUCCAAUUUUUGUUUCUUUCACUCUGUCCUGUAUGUAGACCUGUGAUGCCUACAGCAACCAGCUGUAUUCAUGACCAGGACAAUUGUUGAUUGUGUUGUAAGAGGAACAUUGAUGGAAGAUGUGUGUGUAUUUUGAGAAAGUGAGAGGAAAAAUAAUAUAUUGAUACAUCAACAAAAUAUUUGUAUUUACAAUACUUCUUGUUUAUUCAAGUCUGUCUUCUAUUGGGUACACAAUGAGUUGUCAUCUUUCAUAUUUGCAAUUUUUCUCUGAAAUUUGAAUAAAUUACUGUAUUUGAA